CGCGGCUCGCACGCUCCCGUGAAGCAUUUCCGCUCAAGAUGGCGGCCCAGCGGAAGCCUCUAAUGCACAGUCACCAGAGCUGGACAGACGACCUGCCGCCGUGCCAGCAGUGUGGGGUGGGCACGGCCCCUAACUGCGUGUAUGGCCCUGAUGGCAAAAGCAGCCAGAGUCACCCUAACGAAGACUGCCACUUCCUCUUCAGUACGGAAUGCUGUUUCCUAUACGGAGUAUUUAAUGGCUAUGACGGCAGCCACGUGGCCAACUUUGUGUCCCAGUGUCUGUCAGCAGAGCUCCUACUGGGCCAGCUCAACCCAAGCCACUUCGACGCUGAUGUUCGGCGCAUCCUCACACAGGCUUUUGAUGUGGUGGAGAAAAGUUACUUUGAGACCAUUGAUGACGCACUGGCAGAAAAAGCCAACUUACAGUCACAGCUUCCUGAGGGGGUGCUAUUUCACCAGUUGCCUGCUCAGUUUCAGAAGAUUACUGAGAGGCUGAAGGCUCUGGAGCAGGAGGUGUCAGGAGGUGCCACAGCCAUCGUUGCGUUAAUUCUCAACAACAAGCUGUACAUUGCUAAUGUGGGCACCAAUCGUGCUCUGCUCUGUAAGUGCACCACUGACCGGCAGAAUCAGGUGAUCCAGAUCGGGCGCGCGCAUACGACAGAUAAUGAGGAUGAGCUCACCAGACUGGCCCAGUUGGGUCUGGACCCUACUCGUUUGAGACAGACAGCACUAAUCGCUGGCCAGAGCAGUCUGAGGAGGAUUGGCGACUACAAGGUCAAAUUCAACUACACAGACAUUGAUGUCCUGAGUGUGGCCAAGAGUAAGCCAAUCGUAGCAGAGCCCGAGAUCCACGGUGGCCAGUCAUUGGACGGAGUGACAGGUUUCUUGCUGCUGAUGUCGGAUGGUCUCAUCAAGGCUCUUGAGGCUGCUCACAGCCCCGAGCAAGCCAAUCAGGACAUAGUUGCCAUGGUGGCAGCCGAGCUGGCCCAGCAAAGCAGCUUGGAGGCCGUGGCCCACUCAGUGGUGGAGCGUGUGAAGCGCCUCCACCAUGACGCUUACGCCAGUGGGAGGCAGAGAUCUCCGCACUGCUCCCGCCACGAGGACAUGACCCUCCUCAUCCGCACUAUUAACUACCCUCUCUCGGAUGGCUCGCUCACACCCACCCAGGGCGGGCGUAUCUACCCAGUGUCUGUGCCCUACUCCAACAGUCAGAGUACCAGUAAGACCAGUGUGACACUCUCUCUGGUCAUGCCCUCCCAGGGUACACUCACCAACGGGACCAGCACCGCCUCCACCCUGGAGGGAGGAACCCCCACACCUGGGCAGAGCCCCACAGCCACCCUGCAGUCCACCAACACGCAGACACAGAGCUCCAGCUCCAGCUCGGGCGACGGCAGCCUCUUCCACCGACGGGGCAGCCAGGCAGCACAGCCGGACGAGACGGGUCGUGUGCCACCAUACGUCGACUUCACCCAGUUCUACCGCCUGUGGGGUGCAGAACACAACGAAGGCCAGGGCGGCCUAGGGCCCCAGUGAGGGGAGGAGGCCAGGAAGGAGGGGUGGAAGUCAGGGUUUGGAGAAGAGAGUGUGUCCUGCAAACUCUAGCCGAUUGAAACUGGACAGACUGGAAUGGAGGCUAAGAUUUUAAGAAUGUGAUCGGGUGUUCUGUUCCAUUGCACACUGAUCUGCAAACUUGCUGUCUUGUUUAAGGUCAUUUAUUAAGGCCAUAGAGUGUGGUGAUGUUGAUAUUACAGCCUGGAGUCACAGUAGCUAUCUUUUCCCUCUUGGUGAAGGAGUGCUCUUCACAUACAAACCACAUUAUCGGGCGGCUAAAUGCAAAAGGUACCUCCGAAAUGGCCUAACACCUCCUCUCUAAUUUUACAGUUUUGGAUACCAACACACAUACUGGUCAGUGCCAACUGGACUGCUGAAACCUGCAGCUGAUAAUUUGGUGUUGGGAGAUGUCAUUAUUGAUAAGAAAGUCACAUGUUGCUGAGAAAGCCAGAGCCUUGGAGAAUGGAGCUUAAAAUCAGAGUUCACAAAGCGUGCUACUAAUCGAGUUUCAGUUCAGAUAUGCACUCUAGCUGCGUGGUGCACUUUGACCUGACACCUUUGGGGGUGUCACCUCUGGUGAUCUCUCAUUGUGGCCUGCAGUGAGCAUGUUCACGUGACUCCUAGGAGCUUCAAUUAACUAUACAAUAAGGAAGUUUUUCACUUGUGUUGAGGCAACAACAUUCUUUCAAGGGACAUGUUUGCUGGAAUUAAGAUUCAAAAACACGCUUUAAUCAAUCUCAAGUGACUGUCGUUACUCAGUGUCAGACUGUCAUCUAGUAAUUGUUAUUGAUGUUAUUUUAUGGUAGCUGCCUCUCAUGACUUGAGGGCAUUUCAAAAUGCAUCAUUACUGUACUCUUUUUCAGUACUUUAUUUUUUUAACAAAAGCCAUAUAAUAUUAAUCCAACCCCCCCCCCCACACACACACACACACACACACACACACACACAUGAAUGAGAUACAGCUGAAGGGCCAGAAGAAAGUGUUGGAGAGAGGUGGGGGUAGCUAGCUGUGCUGCAAACCUUCCACCAGUUCCGUUUAGUUUUAAUUGGGGGAGGUUGAAGCAUUACCAUUAUUUGUUUGUGUGAAAAAUUUUUACUUUUUUUUAUGUUUGUGUAUUUGUGUUUCCUCUGUAUUCCCAAGUUUCUAGUGCCUUGCUGAAAUAAACUACAGAAGCUGUGAAA